GCGGGGAGGAAUAUAAAUAUGUGGAUGGUUUGUCGUUGGGACGUCGUCCUCAAGUUCCCUCAAGCGCCGGCAUUCUUUUCUCUGCGUUAUACCUUCCGAAAUUUGGUCCUCUCGUCGACCUCUAUGAUGUCUACUCAGACUGCCCAUGCGAUACCUUUUGGCCCGGCCACCAAUCCUGGGUCUGUGGAUUUCUCUACCGCCAACAGGGCGAUGGAGUAUCCUCAGACGGCAAACGUCUUUGCCACUCAGGCUAUACCCUCUGGUCCGGGCCCCUCGAUUCCCCCAUCUUGCCUCGACACUUCCGCUCAUACCCCUACGUUCUCCGUGUCAUCUGCCCUCUCUCAGCCUGCGCCUAAGCAUCGCCGUCCCCUUGCUCAUCGUCCUCCUGCUCACCGUCCCCUUGCUCGCGCGAAGUCCAUCCUCGAUAAUGGCGACUACAUCAAUCAGAGGGGUCGCCGCGCCUUCCCGACCUCGGAGAAGCGCAAGCAGGAGCGCGAGAAAAAGAUCGAUGAGGCUACUAUUGCCUACAUACAGAACCUGAAGCGCAAGUCCGAAGAGAGGCAAAAGGAGCGUCUGAAGGAGCUAGAAUUGGCGGGCUUGAAACCAACUCGGGCUCCCUAUGUGUUUGUGGGCUGCCUCAAGACCAGCUUUACGCGCACUGCGUUGCGGAAGCUCUUCGAUGAUAAGCUUACCAAAGCCGAAUCCAAGGCCCGUGUCCUGGGGGACCCCGAGAUACGGACCGCGUACGGUAACAUGGUCUUCCAGUAUACACACUACCCAACUGGCUUCGUCGGCGACUGCGAUUCUCAGUACGCAGUGGUGCAGUUUACGGACAAGGAAGCCCUCCCGAUUGCCCUGUCGUUAAACGGCACGCCGCUCGACGAAGGAGGUCAGAACAAGAUCUUGGUGACGUUGUCGGCGAGCUCGCUUCCUGAGAUGAGCUGGCUGAAGAAUCUGCAAGAGGUCGAAAGGAAGGGCUUGCCGAGGACCCGCUCCCAUACCAAAUGCGACAGUCUCGAUCAGGAGAUGUUCCUCCAACUGUCUCGCCAGGAGGAAAUCAAGAUGCUCAAGCUCAAGGGUAGAAGGGCUUCGAAGUAGCGCUCCCGCCGCUUGAGCGCGUUCUGUUCGCAUGUUUUGGGUCUCUUGGUUGUGGGAAUCUCGUUGGUAGAACCGCCGGUCGGCAUCGAAAUAAACAAAUUUCAGAAC